UUCGAUUUUUUCAAAUUCAAAAUAAAAUUCGUCGAUUUUGUUUUAUUCGUAAUUGUUGUGUGUGUGUGUGUGUUGAAUGAAAGAAGAAUGGAACCAGCGAAAAUUGAAAAAUUUUUCGAAAUAAUCUUUCUUUAUAAAGGUCGAUAUCCAAUACGUCGUACACAUCAUAAUGAAGAAUAUCGUGAGGAGAAAAUUUACAAUUUUUGGCUCGAAUUUGAUGAAAAAUUAACCUGGAUUUGGUUGUCGAUGCAACGCGUCUACUAUUCAUUUCUAUGUCAAUCAUCGAAAUCGAUGGAAAUUACGUUUGAUCGAAUCAUUUCAUUGUUUGCUUUUUGUCCGCCUCAUGAUACCUAUGCAUACAAUUUCGAUCAUCAUCUGGGCCCAGGUAAUAUUGCUGUUGAUCAAUAUGAUCUGAAAAAAUUGACUGGAGAAAUUUUACUUAGCCAUUUUGUUGCUAGUCCGAAUAAUCAUAAAUUACGUGAUAUUUAUCAACAAAAGUUUGUUCGAAUCGCAAAAUACAUUCAAUGUUUCUAUGCCUACAAUCGAUUCGGUAAUCGCAUUGCCUGUAUUUAUAUUAGACAAAGUUUGAAAAAAUCAGAAUCAGUGAAACAAACUAUUGUCUAUAGUCAUACGAAUGCCGAAGAUAUUGGAACAAUACUGAGCCAUUUAUGGAAAAUGAAACGUAAAAUUAAAAGCUGUAAUGUUUUUGCCUAUGAUUAUUCUGGCUAUGGAAUGAGCAGUGGUUCGCCUUCUGAAAGAAAUCUAUAUGCUGAUAUUGAAGCGGCAACCAAUGAAUUGAUGAAUCGUAAAAACAUUCGGCCAAAAGAUUUGAUUUUAUUUGGCGAAAGCAUUGGAUCGGCACCCACUAUUCAUAUGGCUGCUAAACGAAUUGAAGCACGUGGUGUGAUUCUUCAAUCAUCAUUCAUGUCUGGGAUUCGAAUCUAUUUUCCAUACAACAUGUCGGGAGGUGAAACACUUCCUUUUGAUCCAUUUGCCAAUAUUGAUCGAUGUUCAUUGAUUGAAAGUCCAACUUUAGUUAUUCAUGGCAGUGAAGAUAUGCUUGUCAAUAUUGGCCAUGCAAUCACAAUUUAUGAACAUUUGAAAAAUCCUGUACAACCAUUCUGGGCGAAUGGUGCAUCACAUAUGAAUAUUCAUAAACAUCCCGAUUACUAUGAUCGUCUUAAUAAUUUUCUUGAAUCACUCUAAACUUUUUCCCUUUUAAUUUAAUUAAAUUAU